CCGCGCAACGAGAGGCGUGUCCGGGGUUUAAGAACUAGGCGAGGAAAGCCCUGCGCGCAACUGGCGAAUCACUCGAGUCCAGACACCGGAGAGCUCGCGGUAGGGAAUCCCCGAGUGUCGCCGCAACGAGACCGAGCCGAGCCUGGUGUUAGUGCCCGGUUCCGUCAGUAUGGCACGGGGACGCGUUUGAUGCGCUCGCGGCAUUAACGACUGUAAGAAAGACUCCCAUCAAGCAUCGACUGGAAGAGUUUUCCACUCAUGAGGCAGCCACCGACUGAGUUUGAUAGCAUGGCACUGAGCGGCACGCUUUUGCCCUCUAUUUCCAGCUUCGCGAGCGACGCAGAUGUGAAGCGCAAGGCAAUGACGGGACCGGGAACGGCCAGUUUAGUGAGUAUCAGACAGAGAUGGAAGGAGGAGAUGUCUCACCUGAAACGCCCCUGCAUGUCUACAGGUGGGACCUGCGCUGACCAGGACGUCCCCUCCGUAAUGACCAAGAAGGAGUCAGAAGAGCUGGACCUGUUGGACUAUGAUUUUAUCCUGUCGAACUGCAUGCUUCAGCAGCAGCAGCAGCAGGAGGCCUCAAUGGCCAGCAGCUCCAGAACUCUUCCGUCUUCCCCCGCGUCCUUCCCCUAUCAGAUGCCCUCUCCUCAGGGACAAGAUUCCAGCAUGUUGUACAACAUCCCAGACAUCAGUGACGUAUCUCCCUCGGGGGGGUUUGUCGCGGAAUUGAUGAGGCCGGAGCUGGAUCCUGCGUAUCUUCAGCCCACGAGCCUCCACGGAAAGUUUGUGGUGAAGACCACCAUGGACAUGACUGAUUACAGCCAAGGGCUUAGUAAGGGCGGCUCGAUGCCGGACUCUUCCUCUGUGCCGUAUGCGUGUCCUGGGAUUAAGCAGGAGCAUCCUAGCACUUGCACCAUCACCCGACCCAUGGAUCUCCAUCUGGGGGUGAACUCGCGGCCCGGAGUCGGCCAGAGACCGCUGCUGGAGCCUCACGGUUUCAGCACGGCCCGAGGGGCCAUGGGGCCCAGCCGCUCUUCCACUUCCUCUCUGUCUCCGGACGAGCAUCCUCAAGCUCAGGUUCUGGGGCCCCCUCCGAUCUCCCUGGCCCCGGGAUAUCACCCCUCGCCGGGUUACUCUGGCUUCCCGCAGCCUCCCGCUCAGUCAAUGCAGUACCAAGAGCUGAUUUCUCCAGCCGAGUGUUUGCCUGAAGAGUCCAAGCCCAAGCGGGGCCGGCGCUCCUGGCCGAGGAAGCGGACAGCGACGCACACGUGUGACUACGCAGGCUGUGGCAAAACAUACACCAAGAGCUCCCAUCUCAAAGCCCACCACAGGACUCACACAGGAGAAAAGCCGUAUCACUGUGACUGGGAGGGAUGUGGCUGGAAGUUCGCCCGUUCGGACGAGCUCACGAGGCAUUACCGGAAGCACACGGGCCAUCGGCCGUUCCAGUGCCUGAAAUGCGACCGAGCCUUCUCCCGGUCCGACCACCUCGCGCUGCACAUGAAACGACAUCUAUAACCAAGACUGGAAGACCCCAAAAAAGUGAAGAUACCAGUGGACUAGUGAACCACGUGUUGCCUUUGAACAAGAGUCAGUGAAACUAGAGCUCCGUGUGCUUCCGCAGCAUCAGAGUCGGGACUUUUCAUGUGCAUCUUGUUUAUUUUUUCCCCUUUUUGACGUCGUCUUCCAACAUGCUGGCGAUUCCCUGUCCGUUUCCUGCACACUGGGACAAUACUGGAACGUGCGUCUACUCACCGACAAAACUUGGAGAUGCCAAGUGCCAAACAAGACUGGAAAUAUAUGAACAUCAGGGAUAAUAAACAGAAUAUAUGUAUUAAAGAGGCCUUUAAUCAACCUACAUUCCGUCACGCGAUCCUCAAAACACUGAUCCGUCUUAUGGAUUGUCUUUUUAAUUAAUUUCAGGUACAGAAUAAUUUAUAAUUGUGUUACAAGAUGGUGCUGAGUAUAGCCAGGUGUAUUCAGUAAGGUACCAAAGAUAAAGUGGAUUUUAAUGGAAGUCUUGGGGGUGAACGCAUGACCUCUCUUUGGUGAUGGCAAUCUAAACUGCACUGUGGUUGUGAGGUGCAAUAAUUUUGAUAUGUAAGACGCUCAUAUUUUUAUAUAAGAAACAAAACAAAUAAAUAACUCUGAACAAAGCUUUUUGUUUAUAGUCAGAUUCGUGUAAUAUAAUCGUAAGUUUUGUACAUUUGUAAAUACUUUUUUCAUUAAGGUUUUUGUAUUUUAUGUAUGAAUGCAAUCCAGUAAUAAAAAAAAAAGUAUGCGAAUUGA